AUGGCUCAUUUUGGCGAAGCUGGCUUCUGUGCAUCUCUGAGAGACCACGCCCGUCGUGGUUGCAGAGUGCUCGCAGGCGAAAAAGGGGGUUGUGGUCGUUUGACAUUCAAAAACGUGAGGUCAAGGGACCCUGCCAGCCUUUGCUCAAUUCUUGAUCUUUCACCUCUGUACUGCCCUCCUUGCGGUGACGCCUCCCUUGUCUCCCAUUCCCGACCCGGUUUUUGGCCACAACUCAGGGACACGAGCCAUGCCCAGCCACUCUAUGCACUACCCUCCGCCGGACUAGUGGCUCAGCCGAUGCAGGCGUUAUUGAGUGGCCGGUCGCAGUUGGAGGCAGUUGACCAAAAGAUUGGUGGUCACGGAAGAUGUGGAAUGUCAUUCGGAUAUGUGUACAUUUCCAAGUCGCGUAGGCCUGCGCGCGCGUUUAACUGGGACUCUCGCAAGGCGCCUAUCCAGGAACUCUGGAAGAAACUCGCGGAUUCGACGGUAGCUGAAGAGAGGAUGAAGGAGAGACAGUGUGGGAUUGCGUCUUGGUUCCGUUUGGAAAACGACACGUACGUCACCUCUCGUUCUUCCUUCAUUUCUGACCUUAGCCCCCUAGAAGCCACGGCCUACAACGGAAGGCGUCGUAUUCGGCGAAAUAGGUUAGGUUUCGAUGACUAUUACAAGAAGUUUCCACCAUGCAACAAAGGGUGUUCGGACGGCAACUCAAACGCGUCAUUCACAGAUGUGGAUCUACCAAACGUCCUCUAUCAGCCCUCUCUUGGAGCUCCAAACCCUCCUUAA